ACCAUGUCCGGUUCCCAGCUGGGUGUUCCAUGGAAACGCAUUCACGUCUUACGUUUUGUUUAUAUGCCUGGGGAGCCAACAGUUACGGUCAGCUGGGACAGAGCCAUGUGGAGGACCAGUGCGUACCGUGGGUCUCCGACAGCUCGGCUCUGCAGGACAGGACGGUCCGUGUUGUGGACGGAGGAGGGGGUCAUUCUGUGGUUCUCACCGAGAGUGGAGAGGUGUUUGUUUGUGGACAGAAUCACAGAGGCCAGCUGGGACUUGGUCACAGCACUAACAUCUUAACUCUUCAGCUCUGCCCCGUCUUAAAUCACAGAGUCUCAAAUGUAGCCUGCGGCUGGGAUUUUACACUUCUUCUUACUGAUUCUGGUCAACUACUUGCAUGUGGUUCUAAUGCAUUUGGACAGUUGGGUGUUGGACAGACAGUCACACACUCUUCUGAGCUUCUAGUUGUUGAGGGUCUUAAAGAGCCAGUAGUGAAUGUAGCAGCAGGAUUGAGACACUCACUCGCCGUUAGUGCCUCGGGCUCCGUGUAUCAGUGGGGAACCGGUCUUUUUAGUCAUGCUAAGAGAGCGCUCAGUCCCCACCCUGUUCCGUCACAUCUGAACUCCAAACGUCCCUGUCCAGUACCAGGUCUCAGCCAGAGGAAAGCACAGCUUGUAACAGCAGGUUCAGCACACUGUGUGUGUCUAACAGAAGAAGGUGAAUUAUUCCUGUGGGGAAGCAAUAAACAUGGCCAGCUGGCUACAGCAGAGUCCUUUCUGCCCUCUCCCACUCUGCUGAAUCGAUCUCUGCUGAGGGGAGAGAAGGUUAUGGGUGUGUGCAGCGGCUGGACGCACGUUGUUGCUCAAACAGAGAGAGGCAGAGUAUUCACAUGGGGGAGAGGAGAUUAUGGACAGCUUGGUCGAUCAACCUCUGUCAGUGAGAACGCAGAGAUGUUGAUGGGAAUCAGGAAGGAUUGCACCCCUCUUGAAGUUACAUCCCUCUACGGAGCAACUCAGAUUGUAUGUGGAUCUGAACACAACCUUGCCAUUGUAGGUUACAGACACCAAGCCUCAUUCUGUCAAGGAUUUGAAUGAUGACGUGUAGCCCUGCUGGAAAUAUCAUUUUGUGUCUAAAUGACUGAAAGCCGGCACUUUAACAGAUUCACAAAGCCAUUAAAGUUGCGUAUCCCAUGUCAGAAAAUAGCUUUAUUGGUUUCUGUGGCUGAAACACGAGACGUCUCUGCUGAACCGACAUGACUGCAUAAAGGAUAACAUAGACACAAAGGUGAGCAGAACCUUUUCCAACCCAUUCUUUCUACGGGAUUAAAGAAUUAGUAUGAGACCUACCUAAUACAUUAGAGUCAAACAGCAGUGUAAAAAAAAUUCAUCUCGGUUAAGCAGCAGAGAUUUUUUGGGGUCAGUACUUUGCUUCGUGGCCUUUCAUCAAGAAGUAAUUACAGCAUAGAUAGAUGGAUAUCAUUGACAGAGGCAAUUACCCAAACGAUAUUAACCACACACACACACACACGCCCACGCACACACACGCACACGCACACACGUUUACAGGCAACUUUUAUGAGAGCAAUUUCCUUCAGUCCACACAAAUGAAUGUAAACAAAAACAGCCUCUUGUAACCACUAAUUAAAAAAAGACACCUUGACGUCUAAAUUAAUUUUAAAAUUUACUUUCAUUUGAAAUGGGGACUUUUGGACCAGCAAUCAGCAGUCUAGUCCUUUUUCUUCAGGUAUGAUGCUUCUGAUGCUGUUUUUGGUUCAGGAGGGUCUUAAAAGAAGGAGUGCAACGUUUGUAACUAGAGUCCUUACGUCUGUAUGUGCUGUGGCUCCUGAAGCUGUGACGCCAGCUGCAGUCCACGCCUUGUAAAUCUCCCCCAAACUCUUGAAUGGGCUGUGCUUUACAAUCCUCUUAUGGCUGCGGUUUUCUCUGCUGCUUGUUCUGAUUUCUCUGCCGCAAUCUUUCCUUCCACCAAACCUUUAACAAGAGCUUCUUUAGGAAUGACCUUUUGUGGCUUACCCUACUUUUUAAUGGAAAUAACAUUAAUUCCUGUGACAAAAAUCUACAUUUUAUUUUUUCUCACAAACUGAAUCUUGGGUUUAACAUUAAACUGGAAGCUGCAAUCAUCAACAUUAGCAAAAAACAAUCUAAGUAAUGAAUCUUCACAUUUUUAAUUGAAUCACUUGCAUAAAUUAACUUUUUUAAGACACUUUGAUGCCUCUGUAUUGUACAUGCUUCACAAACCUCCCCUACUUUGCCAUAGUUUCAGCAAGCAAUAAGAAACAUUUUGGCUGUAAAAUCCUUCACAUUAAAUUUUAAACACUGACCCAGUUUUUUUUUACAUCAGCAUGAAUGAAAAUACCACAGAACAACUCAGAAAUGGAACUUCAAGAUUCCAUUAGAAAGGAGACUUGAAUGUCGCCGGUGUUGCUGCAAACAUCCACUCGACCAGCUGUCAACUUUCUCAACAAAUGUAAAAAUAACAAGCAUGGGCGAGGUUUAGCACAUUGUUACGGCUGUCCAUAGUAAUCACUGAUGUGAGAAAGUUCUGCUCUGUACUUUGUGAAGUUCUUUCAGAGGAAUGAGAAAGCAUAACAUGUAGAAGAAGAACUUGUGUGAACCUCCGACUCUUCGUGAUCUUUUUUUUCCUUCUUCUUCUUCCUCCUGUCUUAAGCGUGGUGGCAGGAGAAAUGAAAUAGCAAACCAGGAUUGGAAGCCCAGACCUGAGUGCUGCUAUUUCUGGUGCUGAAGUAGGUCAGGCGGAAGAGAAUAGAGAGCAUUGCAUGCUGUUUGUAUCUGUUGCCUGCUCAAACCCAUGCCCAUUUGCACCUGAGCGAGAGGUCUCCAUGUAUGAAACAUCGUCAUCGUUGGUCAGAGGUUGGCGAUAGGCCAAAGACUCUGUGGGCACAGCUCGUCCAAUCUGAGGAAAAAUUUCAGUGAUUACCUACGCUUAAAAUGACUACUUAAGAUACUAUUAGGUAUAGUAUAUCUUUACCUCUAUGGACUCAUGCAGCUUUGGCUAGAAAAGGUGCAGCUGUGGUGCUGUGUCACUGUUAAAUUUCUAAAGUGCCAAAAAUGAAAACCAGUGGCCAGAUUUGUUCACUUGAAAGUGGCUCACGGUUUGAGUUUUUUUUUAUAUAUUUUUUUUAUUCUUAUGUUGCGCAGAAUACUGUGCAGACACUUUGUUGCCAUGGAAACACUGAUGUGCUGUCCUCUCGUCAGUGCGUCCAUGAAUUAAGCAGGGAGAUGAGGUUUUAUUUUCCUCACUGUGACACUUCAGCACAUGACGUCCGCUAAUACGUCGCCUUCAGCACCUAUAAACUCUAAGACAUGCUAAAUGCGCUCUACUUAUGCAUCCAUGCACCGUCUUAAAGGCACGACUACAAGUGCUUCUGCAGCCAUAUUUGGCAGUGUCACACUGACAUAAGCUGCUGGUGAGUUAUCCUGCCCUGUUAACUGGUCAAAGCACAAUGCGCCUGUUAGAAAAAGCCAAAUCGGAUUCUUCAGUGACAAAACACAGAAAGACGAAGAGACCAGUCGACGGAACAAAUGAAAAACAUGGCGUGAAAGACACACACACACAACUGCAGCGAACGGCAAGCGCUCCAAGACGUGCUACCCUUGAGAAAGCAAGCUCGCUUCUGUUGCCACGACAACGGAACCUAUUAGGUAACUGUGUUGCCAUGGCACGUGUCUCCUCAGUGAUGCAGACCUGACCACACCCACUGAUGAGCGCUCCAGCUGUGAAGAGCAAGGGAGGCUUUUAUUGCAGACCAAGUGUCAGCAUUUGGAGAUCAGAGAAGCUCUGUACGUGCGUGUUUGUGUGAUGUGCGUUUCUCUUUGUAUAGCCCGCCUGUUUUCUUUUUUAAUUAUUUUUUUUUUAUUCUCUGUUGGUGUCUAAUUUUAGCCUUUCCCCUCUGUGUCCUCCUGUCACUGACCACACGCGGCUCUCUCUCUGUUUUCAGGGGAGUGCCUGCUGUCGUGGGGCUGGAACGAGCACGGGAUGUGUGGGGACGGUUCACAGGCUGAUGUCUUUCAUCCUCGGCUCGUUUCUGAUCUCAGGCCUGUUGUCAUUGGCUGUGGUGCUGGACAUUCAAUGGCAGUGUGUGGUGUGACGACGAGUUUAACACAGAAUUGUGUCCACGCUUGGGAAGAACUGGAGCACAAGCAAAGUUCCCCUUUCACUGAGUAAUAGGUUUUGCAUUUUAAAAAACUACCUCCGCUACUUGAUAAAGUUUUCAUGAUUGGUGUAGUUGAACACAGCUUUUUAUGGUUUGGAAGACGCUGUACUUUUUUUUACGUUGAACAAAUGGUUGUCUAAAUUCAUUUGUCAUGUCAAAGCAGCUCUAAAUCAUGCAGGAAGUUGACUGUUAUGGUGGUUCUAUCACUCUGAUCGUUUUUUAGAGAUUACUGACUGGUACAGAUUUCAGUUUUUCUCUGAAUUCUGACCUGCUAAUUCAGAUUUUCACCCUUUAUUUUAUUUUUUAUUAAAUGAUUGUAACCAGGAUUUCUGCAGUCUUAAAUGUAAAUCUCCUCAAAGUUAAGUACUGGUCUGCAUUUUACUGCAGAAAAUGCAGGUCAUUUUCUAGAUGUCCUAUCCUGUGGUAGUCUGGUGUCCUGCAUGUUUAGAAUGCAUUUCCUAAGCAUUGCAUCAAUAUCUAGAGGUGCCUGCUAAAAACUCAUUUAUUCGGUUGAGACAUCUUAAACUAGGAAGACGUUUAAGGUCUUCAGGAAAACAGUCCUUUAGUAGUGACUUUGAACAGCCUUGGUUUGAAUAAAAAUAAAAAUAAAAUGUUUUUGGUAAAUUA